UGGUUAGUCAUCCAAUCUGCUCAUCAAGACCAAAUAUUUUCACUGUACAGUACUGGGAAUUUUUUUUUAUGCUUGUAACGUUUGUAUUUCUGAGUAAACUCAGAUUUAUUCCAGACAAACCAAACAUAUAAGCAAAUGUAAAGGGUUACUCCGCCCAUUUUUACAUGUCAAAAAUCAGUUAGCAAGUCAUGAAAAAACACUUAGCAAGCGGAGAAGGUCCAACAGAAAGUUGCAAUUGAGCUGCAUCCUAGGGAAAUGUAGGAUGCAGUAUCUUUGGAACUCGACCUUUACUAGACACUAAAAGUCAGGAGAUCUUGACUUUAAAAAGAAAAUCUGUAUCUUCUUAAAUCCACCAGAUUCAUGUGCAGGAUUGGAUCGUUGGAGCACGCAGGGGACAAAAGUGAUGCAGAGAUCGUGCAAAUACUAGAUUCUUGAAUUCUUGCUCAUGUCCGUCCAUCGUAGCGGUCGUAUUUGUCGUUUGUCGAAGUUUUGUGAGCCUUAACGUAAAGUCAAAGUAGCAAUACUCUACAAAACAUUACAAUCAGAAGUCCUGUAUUCAAAACUCCACCACUGCGUAAUUGAUGUACAGCACAGAAGAACCGUGAGCUUUUAUUUCUACUACAAUACACUGGUUCCAGACUUCAUUUGGCCCCUUCUGCACAGAGGUCACAGGUCAUAGGUCAACACCCCUGGACCUGUGAAAUAACCUCACGCGCGUCAUCUGCUCUGAUUGUCCAGUGAGCGAACGCUGACGCAGAGCUCCUCUGUGGGAACAUUGUGGAAAUUCCUCUGCAACGCUGACGCACUGGUCUCCUGUGCUCGCCCCCCCCCCCUCUCCUGAUGCCAACUGGCCGACCAGCGCAAUUGGCACCAUCGCUGGAUGCAUUAGCUAGUCGCCAUGGAGACCGCUGGGGCCGGCCCUGGCUUGGCCCGGGACAGUGGCACAGUGUGGCCCGUUUAGCGUCACGCUGUGGCUAAAUUCGAUCGAGCCCUCGGAACGGGGGCCUCAUCCUGCGGUGAGAGAUCCCGCGGCUCAGCUGGUGGACGACUGCAGAGUUGAUUCCAUGAGGCCUCUCUCUCUCCUGCGUCGAUUCCAGACACCUGCCCUGGUUCGGAUGAUGUCACCACAACGUGCACUUUGAAACUGUUGGCAGCGUUUCACAGACGAGAUGAACUCGUGAAAUGCGAAGAGAACUUAAAUCCUCUCUUUCUGUUUUGUGUCUCUCGGCAGAUGUUUAAACUCAAUGUCACAUUUCUUCUGUAGGCCUUUAAUCUUGUUCACUGACGGGCGGAGGAGACUACAGAGUGAACUGAGGUCACCUGUCAAUCACCGUCAUCCUCUGUAAAGAGUGGAUUUAGCCAGGAGCCAUGGGAACGACGAAGAUGCUCCUGCCUCUGUCGAUCCUCCAGCUGCUCCUCGCUCCGGCUCUCGCGGUGCCCAGUGUGGACCACUGGGACACGUGGGGUCCGUAUGGAGAAUGCAGUCGCAGCUGUGGCAGCGGUGUGACCAUGAGAACCAGACGAUGCAUCACUCUCAGGACCGACGGGGGACACAACUGUGUCGGACCAGAGAAAUCCUACCGCUCCUGCAACAUCCAGGACUGUCCCGAGGGAUCCAGGGAUUUCCGCGAGGAGCAGUGCUCCGGGUUCGACGGCAUCGACUUCCAGGGGAAACGCUACAAGUGGCUGCCGUACUACGGAGCGGAGAACCCCUGCGAGCUCAACUGCAUGCCCAGAGGAGAGAACUUUUUCUACCGCCACCGCAGCGCUGUGGUCGACGGGACACCCUGUCACCCGGGACGGAGGGAUGUGUGUGUGGGCGGAGUCUGCAAGCGUCUGGGCUGUGACAACAUGCUGGAGUCUGCUCAGCAGGAGGACCCCUGCCUGCAGUGUGGGGGCAGUGGACAGUCCUGCCACCGCGUCAAGAACAGCUUCUCCGUGCGCGACCUGCCAACCGGCUACAACCAGAUGUUCAUCAUCCCCGUCGGAGCCACCACCAUCAGCAUCAGGGAAACCGUGGCUACGCGCAACUACCUCGCCAUCAAGAACCUGCGAGGUGAGUACUACCUCAAUGGCCACUGGGUAAUCGAGUUCUCCAGGGCGACACCGGUCGCCGGCACGAUGCUGUACUACCAGCGAGGCGCCGAGGGCGACAACGUCCCCGAAACCCUCAUCGGCCGCGGCCCCACCACCGAACCCCUCGUUGUUGAGCUGAUCAGCCAGGAGCCGAACCAGGGGGUGGAGUACGAGUUCUACCUCCCUAACGGACGCUCCAGGGAGGGCUACUACUGGAGCUUUGGAUCCUGGUCCUCCUGCAGCAGAGAGUGCGGAUCAGGCUACCAGUCUCGGUUGGUCUUCUGCACCGUCGACAACGAGGCCUACCCCGACUAUCUGUGCGCGUCGCUGCCGAGGCCACAGACCAACCGUACAUGUAACCCCCAUCCGUGCCCCGGAGUCCGCAGCUGGAACACCGGCGAGUGGAACGCCUGCUCCGUCACCUGUGGCGGAGGCUCCCAGGUGCGCAGCGUGCGCUGCAUCUCCCACGAUGCCGCAGGGCCCCGCGUGGUGGAGGACGCCGUCUGCGCUGCGUACGCCGAGGCACCGCCGACUCUGCAGACCUGCAACAUGCACAAGUGCGCCGAGUAUCGCGUGGCCGGCUGGAGUGCGUGCUCCGCGACCUGCGGCCCAGGCCAACAGACCAGGGGCGUGACCUGUGUGGGCUCGGGCGGGCAGAGGCUGGAGGAGGCCUCCUGCGGCACGUUGCUCCGCCCGCCCGCCGUCCAGCCCUGCGAGGUGGCCGCCUGCCCCAAGCAGAUCAGCUGGCACGUUGGCGAGUGGGGACUGUGCACUAAGAGCUGCGGCUCUGGUUCUCGGGAGCGCCAGGUGAUCUGCUCGGACCGAGAGAGGAACCUGUACCCUGUGCACCAAUGUGGCGCUCACCCCAAACCCUCCGCAGUGGAGCGCUGCAACAGACAGGCCUGCUACAGCCCACAGGACGUCCCCAGCGUCCAGCACCCACAAGGACACGACAACACUCAGACCGGCUUCCGGCCCUUUGUGCCGAACGACACAGCAGUCCGCAGGCCAGAGACGGACGCGACCCAGGCGAACACAGUCCACGACCCUCACGGCUCCGCCCCCGCCCUCCACUGUAGCCAGUCGCACUACGGCUGCUGCCCAGACGGACGCACCUCGGCUGGAGGCCCCCAGGGUCUCGGCUGCCCUCGGGGCCCGGCGCCCACUCCUGUGCAGCCCUCCUGCUUCCAGGCCAGUUACGGCUGCUGCCGAGACGGUGUGACGGCGGCUCGGGGCCCCCACAAGGAGGGCUGCGCGGAGUUUGUGGCCCCCGCACCCACUGCCGCUCCUUCUCUCCCCACUGAGAACGCAGUGCAGUGCAGGACCACCGCCUACGGCUGCUGCUAUGACCGCACCACGCCUGCGGGGGGACCCAGCGGGGAGGGCUGCCCCAACCCGCCCAACCACAUCGAGCGCUCCAUCUGCUCCCUGCCCCGCGGCGCCGGCUCCUGCAGCAGCUGGGUGCCCCGCUACCACUUCGACGUCAUCACCUCCCAGUGCGCGCACUUCUGGUACGGAGGUUGCCACGGCAACAGCAACAACUUCGUGACCCGGGCCGAGUGCCAGAGCGUGUGCCAGCGGGGGCCGCAGCCGCCGGUGGCCCCCGCCGGAGGGCCCGCGUCCAGGAGAGAAUCGGCCCCCGCCAGAGGCGCUGGAGCCGGGGGGUCCACCGCCGGAGGGUCAACGGGCGGACAGUCGCGCAACAUGGGCAGGAUUUUCACAGUCCAGGGAGGUUCGACCGGCGCCACCGGCCGACAGGCCACGAGCGCCGCCGCCAACGCCCACAGAGGCAGAUUCUACCUGCGGGGGCGCCGGCCCGCGCCCGUCACCGCUGCACAGCACAGCAGCCCGGCUGCGAGUUUGACCCUGGGAGAGGUGACCAUCGAUAAGUCCGACCCCUCCACUGUGGAGGCCUUGGUGGGCCAGACAGUCGUGCUGCCCUGUAGGGUCAGCCCGCCGCCGUCCUCCACCGUCGUCGUGGAGUGGAGGCGAGACGGUGUCCCUCUGUCUACCCACAGGCAUCACCAGCAGCCCAACGGCUCCCUGUUGGUCGGCCCCCUCACCAAGUCGGACUCCGGUUGGUUUUUGUGCGUGGCCACUCGGGAACGUGAGCGAGACCACCGCUACAUUUACCUCUCUGUCUCAGAGGGAUCGUCUCAGCUGAUUCCCACCUCGCUGCCCAGGGACGGUCCAUUCCCUCGGUUCAGCAUCGACCGCUCGAGCCCGUCUCUGCUGGAGAUGCGAGCAGGACAAACCGCCCGACUGCCCUGCGUCGUUGUCCCUCCCUCGGCUCUGCAGUCCGUCACCGUUCAGUGGACCAAAGACGGACAAACCCUCAGCGGCUCCAGGUUCACCCAGCGUUCAGACGGCACCCUGACCUUCGGCGGCCUGAGGUCGGAGGACUCUGGUGUCUACACGUGCACGGCCUCCAGUCGGCAGCAGCUGGAGCAGAGACAACUGCAACUCAGAGUCCAAGCGGACCUGAAGAUCACUACGGCUCCUAAUAACAUCCAGGUGUCUGAGGGCAGAACAGCCCUGCUGCCCUGUGUGGUGUCGGGAGACAACAUCAACAUCCGCUGGUCCAGAAACGGCGUACCGGUGCGUCCAGACGGUCGUGACAUCCUGCUGUCGUCCGACGGCAGCCUGGUCCUGAACCGCGUGAAGCCAUCGGACGAGGGCACGUACACCUGCAACGCUUACACCGGCAUCUACUCCGUGAGCGCCACGGCCGAAGUGAGGGUCAUCAAAGACUCGCAGCGAGGUGUGGACGUGCCGCCCGAGUGCGUGGACCAGCCGGAGCUCGCCAACUGCGAGCUGAUCGUCUACGCCCGACUCUGCUCCAACUCGUACUACUCCAGCUUCUGCUGCGCCAGCUGCACGAGGCAUUCGCAGAAGAGCGACCGGCCCGGCCGGCUGGGCUGAAGCCGCACAGAUAUUUUCUCUUUGUGGCACAAACUGUGGGGGGGGGGUCGGCAGGGUCUCUGACUUUCAACUCUGAACUGCUGCAUUUGCCAAAAGGACUUUGAAAGCGUUCAUGUCGGACCAGGUCGUGCAGAAUCCGACUUCAGGAGCUCAAAGACGGAAAGGGCCCGGUUCCCUGGAGUUCAUCAGGGAGUCUGGGCCUUCCAGUGUCCGUGUGAUCCUGUAGAGUCUGUCCAAUGUGACGGGUCUAAACUCAGACUUCCUCUGCUGUUCUCCUCUGUCACAUUCUUCUUUUUUUUUAUCAUUAUUAAAUUAAGUUAUUGAUCACUGGACCGACCGCUGGCUUCAUGUUCUCUGUUUUGAAGAGAACCGCGUGGCUGAUGCAGGACGUUAACACAUUGUGGAACUACGUCACAUCCGCUGUAGUUCUGGUGCGCCGACGUCUUCGCGGACACAGGAAUCCGCCCGUUGCCGAUUCUGUGACACGCGAGGAGCUGAGGCCGGACUGUGUUUAUUUUUAAUGUAAUUAUAUGAUAAUAAAGUCAUAUUUUGAUAAAAAAAAAAA